UCCACCUCGGGAAACCCGAAUCCAGACCUUUCCUGACAUCCUCAUGAAUUCUCAGCCUUCCAGGACUUGAAGCAUGGAAACUGGCUCGGCUGAAUGCGCCCAUCUCCUGACCGACAGCUUGGAGUUGGAGCUGGGGACGGAAUGGUGCAAGACCUCUUGCUUUUCUUGUGCCUUUGAUUCCAGGGGAGGAGGCAAACAUUUUUCUGAAGAAUCUUACCUUUCUAGUGGAGCCCUGAAACGACUAAUUUUAAAUCUUGAUCCUUUACCAACUAAUUUUGAAGAGGAUACAGUUGAAAUAUUUGGCAUUCAGUGGGUUACAGAAAUGGCACUAGUGGAUUCAUCUAGAGUGCUCUUUCACUUAUUCAGGCAACAACUAUACAACUUGGAAACCUUAUUACAAGCCAAUUGUGAUUUUGGACAGAUAACAACACUGCAUGGCAAGGCAGAUGGUAUUAGGCAGCAGUGCAUAACAUUUCUUCAUUAUAUUAAAGUUUUUAUCUUCAGGUAUCUGAAAUUACACAAUCAUGAGACCUAUGCUCCUAUCUAUCCAUAUGAGACUUUGGAGUCUCAAUUGCCCUCACUUUUGGUUGCUGAGCUUCAUGGAAUACUCUUAUAUAUUGGACAUCUAUCAGAACUUCCCAGUAUUAAUCAAAGGGCAUUUGUAAAUCAUAAUCAGAAUAAGCUUUUCCCACCAUCAUGGCAUUUAUUACAUCUCCACUUAGAUAUCCAUUGGCUGGUGCUAGAAAUUCUUCAUAUGCUGGGUGAAAAAUUGAAACAAGUUGUAUAUGGUUAUCAGUUUCUGAAUCUGACAAGUAACAAUUUAACCAAUGUUAGCCUGUUCGAAGAACAUUGUGAGAAUCUUCUUUAUGAUUUAAUAAGCCUGUCAGUCAGCAGAUAUGACAAGGUCAGACCUUCUGAUGCACUAUUGAGUCACCAUUGCCCAUGCUCAUGCAUUAAAGAAUUAUGGGUUCUCCUUAUUCAUCUUUUAGACCACAGAAGUAAAUGGUCUGUCUCAGAAUCAUUUUGGAACUGCUUGAAUAAAUCACUCAAAUUAUUCUUUGAAAAAUCAAGUGACCAAAGAAGACCUUCUGUAUCUAUAACCCUGCCCAGGGAUCCAUUAAGUUUUGUUUGGUGGAUUAUUACUCAUGUCGCAUCAUGUUACCAGUUUGAUCGCCAUGGAACUCCAGAUGAAACUAGACACAUGGAAUCUAAUUGGAACUUUGUAGAAGAAUUGCUAAAGAAGUCCAUUAAAGUUCAGGAUAGUAUACUAGAAGAACAAUUGAGAAUGCACCUUCAGUGUUGCUUGACACUUUGUGAUUUAUGGGAGCCAAACAUGACAAUUGUCACUAUUCUCUGGGAAUAUUUUAGCAAGAACAUGAAUAAUUCUUUUAGUGUUUCUUGGCUUCCUUUGAAAGGCCUUGCAAAUAUCAGUAAGUCCCCCUUUUCGAUGCUAGAAAUGGUGAAGAUCUGUUGCUGUGAUAAACAAGACCCUGACCUGUACAACUCUAGCAGCAGCUUCACCAUUUUUCUUUGCAUUUUGGCAAAAGUUGUUAAGAAAGCUAUAAAGAACAGUGGACUUCAUCCUUGGAAACAAGUCAAAGGAAGAAUAUAUUCUAAAUUUCAUCAAAAAAGAAUGGAAGAACUAACUGAAGUUGGUCUGCAGAAUUUUUUCAACCUUUUUCUACUGUUAGCAACUGUUGCAGAGGGGGAGGACGUAGCAGUUCGUGUUUUAGACCUCUUGGAUUUCCUCAGGCCUGCCUUUUUAUCAUCUCCUCUCAUUUGGAAAGGUCAGAUGGCAUUCCUCUUGAUGUAUGCUCAAAAAAAUUUGGAUAUUGGUGUAUUGGCUGAGAAGCUUUCAGUUGCCUUCCGGGAGAAAGCAAAAGAAUUCUUAGUCUCUAAAAAUGAUGAUACAGGCCAGAGACAUGCUCUCUGGACACUACUUUGUAUCUACGUAGAUGGUGUUCAAGAAGUAUUUGAGACCAGUCAUUUUGUGCAUCCUUCCCAUGAAAAACUGCUCAAUGAUGGCUUUAGUAUGCUUCUACGAGCUUGUCAAGAAUCUCAGCUUAGGACAGUAUUGAAUUUUCUGCAGGCUGUUCUGGCUCGAAUCAGAAGUAUGCAUCAACAAUUGUGUCAGGAACUUAAGAAAGAAAAUGUAGACCUAAUUGUACAGUCAUCAUUAUCAACUAAAGAGCGCCACCUUGCUGCAGUCUCCAGAGCUCUCUGGAAGCACUUCUUUUCAUUCCUGAAGAGUCAGAGGAUGUCCCCCAUAGUGCCUCUCUCACAACUGGCAGAUGCAGCCGCAGAUUUCACUUUGUUGGCAUUGGACAUGCCUAGCACAGCUCCAUCAGAUUUUCAACCUCAGCCAGUUGCAGCAAUGAUUCAUCUUUUUGGUUGGGAUGAAAUGAUCUUGCCCCAAGUUGCAGCAAGAUAUUUAAGUCAUUUCCUACAGAAUAGCAUGUUAUGUGAAGCACUUUAUCAUUCAGGCUGCUUAUCUUUUCAAGCUUUAACUAUAAGAUCAUGGAUUCGGUGCAUUUUACAAAUGUACAUAAAAAACCUCAGUGUGCCUGAUAAUUUGUUGGUUGAUAUAAAUCCUGAACCUGCUGUUGAAGAAGAGUAUAUGCAGCAAUUAGCUGAACUUACGAGGUUGCUAUUCAAACUCUCAGAAGUAAGAACUAUUUUUUCAAAUGUGGAAGUUGAGCAUUUACCCAUUCCAGAGGACCCUAAAAUAGCUCUUGUUCGAUUCCUUGAGGCUGUUGGUAUAACUUACGGGAAUCUACAGACACUCUCUGAUAAAUCUGCCAUGGUCACAAAGUCUUUAGAAUAUCUUGGUGAAAUAUUAAAAUAUGUAAAACCUUAUUUGGGAAAGAAAUCUUCCAGCGCAGGUUUGCAGCUGACUUAUUGGGUGAUGGGAAUUCUUGUUAAAUCCUGGGCACUGAUCUUUUCCACUUCUAAAGCCCAAAAAUUACUCUUCCGGAUCAUAGACUGUUUACUAUUGCCACAUACAGUGUUACAGCAAGAGAAAGAGCUGCCUUCAUUUAUGCUGACUGCAAUUCAGAAGAGUCUUCCUUUGUAUCUCCAGGGUAUGAAUAUUGUGUGUUGUCAGUCUCAUAAUCCGAAUGCCUAUUUGAAUCAAUUGCUUGGGAAUGUCAUUGAGCAGUAUAUUGGACGGUUUCUUCCAGCUUCACCGCAUGUUUUUGCUCUUGGACAACAUCCUGUUUUGUUAGCAUUGAAGAACUCAUCCCCUGGUCUGUUGACGUCUUCUCUAAAGAAAUGCAUUAUUCAAGUUAUAAGGAAAUCCUACUUUGAGGGUAAAGGAUCCUUUGUCCCUCCUCGCUUAGCAUCCAUACUGGCCUUUAUUCUCCAACUUUUCAAAGAAACCAAUGUAGAUGUUUCUGAGAUUGAACUACUCCUUCCUGGAAUCUUAAGAUAUUUGGUGUUGGUCAAUGAACCACAAGUUAAAAGGCUGGCCACAGAGAACCUGCAGUGCAUGGUAAAAGCCUGCCAAGAGGGGUCAGAAGGAGAACCUGCCACCCAGCUGACUUCUCUGUUUAGGCAAUUCAUCCAGGAUUAUGGUAUGAAAUAUGAUUAUCAGAUUUACAGCCUUUUAGAAACAGUGACAGCAUUGAGCCAGCAGGUUGUUAUCCACUUGAUUUCGACCCUCACUCAGUCUCUGAAGGAUUCAGAACGGAAAUGGGGCCUUGGCAGAAAUAUUAAACAAAGAGAAGCAUAUUGUAAACUUUUAUCGCAACUAGGACAAGUGGGACAAGAUGAGAUACAGAGGCUGCAAAAUGAUGAUACCUAA